AUGGGUCUCAUCACAGAUGCCAGAAAGGCGAUGAAAGAUGCACCGGAGGGAACUUUCAAUGCCUACGUGUUGAUGUGUACCUGCGUCUUUGCCUUGUCUGGAGUGUCGAAAGGAUUUGACGAAGGAAAUAUCGCAUCCCUGGUCACACAAUCCCGGUUCAAAAGCACUUUCGGAGUCGACUCGCAGUCUGAGGAAGAAUAUUCCGAUACAAAAGGAUGGUUGGUAUCGAUCGCCACGGCAGGGGCGGUCUUUGGGUGCUUAGGCUCUUCCCCUAUCAAUGAUCGACUCGGUCGACUUUGGACCCUUCGCCUCGUGACUCUGGUCUAUAUCGCUGGAAUUCUCGGUCAAGGUCUGUCCAAUGGGAAUCUAUCUGGUUUCUACGCAUCCAGAUUUAUUGCAGGACUGGGAAUUGGGCCAUUGACGAUUGUGCCACCCAUUUACAUUGCGGAGAUCUCCCCCAAGUCCAUCCGUGGUCUUCUCAUGUGUCUCUACGCAGCCUGUCAGCAGCUAGGCGUUGUGCUGGGGUUCUUCAUCAACUAUGGGGUAACCAAACGUUAUCCUGGCAUUGACAAACAGUGGAUGCUGCCCACGCUGCUUCAACUCGUCCCGGCCAUUAUCUGGAGCUUGGGCACCUUCUUGUGUCCGGAGUCUCCGCGGUGGCUGUUGUACAAAGGGAAGCGAGAACAGGCCAUAUCCACUGUCUCCAGACUCCGAUACUUGCCCUGUGAUCACUCCGUCGUUCUUGCCGAGUUGGCCGGGAUGGACCGACAGAUUGAACACGAAAUCGAAGCCGUCAGUGACGCUCGCCUCUGGGAUCUACUCAAAGAAACCUUUGUCCCGAUUGAGAACCGUCGUCGCUUCGCUUUGAUCUUCUUCGCCACUCUUUUCUCCCAAUGGUCUGGUGCCAAUGCUAUCACUCAAUAUUCCCCAACCAUCUUCGGCUAUUUGGGAAUUCAAGGCGACGAAGCCAAGUUCCUUGCGACAGGCAUAUACGGCAUUGUGAAAUUCGUCAGCACCUUGGCCUUUGCCUUGUUUAUCGUCGACUUCAUCGGCCGACGUCGAUCUCUGAUCACUGGAAUCUGUUUGCAACUCACAACGUUGAUCUUCGUCGGUGCGUAUCUCGGCGUGACCAGCCAUAUGACUACCGACGAGGUUCGCGAUCUGCCCAGCGCCUCGCGCACCUCGACGGCCGCCAUCGUGGCCAUCUUCCUGCACGCUGUGGCCUGGAGUAUUGGAUGGUUCAGUAUCCCGUACCUCAUCAGCUCCGAGGUCUUCCCGAUCCGCAUCCGUUCAUUGAACGUCUCCAUCUCCAUGGCGUUCCACUGGGGAUUCUACUUCGGGUGUUCGCGCGCCAUGCCGAGUCUCUUGUCUGCCACCCAUAAGUGGGGUGCGUUUGUAUUCUUUAGCUGUAUCUGUUUGAUCUCGCUAGUCUAUGUGUUUUUCGCGAUGCCGGAUACUACCGGGCGGUCGAUUGAGGAGCUGGAUCAGCUGUUCCAGCGGCCUUGGUAUACGGUUUACAAGGUGGCCUACCCGACGCGAGAUGAAGUUCAGGUGAGAACCGUCGAUGAGAAGGCAGUUAUUGAUGGGAAGGCCGAGUAUGUGGAGCGGGUGUAG